UUUUUUUGUGUAAUUUGCCCCACUUUUCUCUCUCUCUUUCCCUCUGUCCCCGCCGUUUCACUCUCUCAAUUACCUCUCUCUCAUAACUCUUCUUUUGAGUUUUGUUGAUCAUACCAUCAAUGCUUCCAUAAACCCUAGAAGAAAAACAUUUGGCCAAAAGUAACAUAAAGAUUGCAACUUUUCUUUCAAAUUCCCUCACUUUCUCUCCAAUUCUCCCAAGAGAAACAAGAAAGAAGAACAAUGAAGAAACCCCAUGUUUUGGGUUGUCUUCUUUUUUGGUUUCUUUCACUCCUUUGCUUCUUCACUUGCCAGGUCGCUUCUCAAUCCGGCCCUGACUCUUCAGUCAUGGAAAAGCUGAAAACAAGCCUAAAAAUCACAUCUUCCCUUGACUGGUCUAAUCCUGACCCUUGCCAAUGGGAUAAUGUCAGCUGUGAAAACAACAGGGUCACCAGGAUCCAAAUACCCAACAAAAAUGUUAGUGGAAUCCUUCCCCCUGAUCUCAAGAACCUGUCUCAGCUUACCGUCUUUGAAGUCAUGAACAACCAAAUCAGUGGACAAAUCCCAAGCCUUGCUGGGUUGAGCCAGUUGCAAGAAGCUAACUUUCACAGCAACAAUUUCUCAUCUUUUCCAGCGGAUUUCUUCACGGGCUUAACUUCAUUGAGUUCUGUUUAUCUUGACUACAACCCGUUCGAACCUUGGGAGAUUCCAGAGAGCGUAAAGGAAGCAACUUCCUUGAAAACUUUCUCCGCCAACAAGGCUAAUAUUAAAGGGAGAUUUCCAGAUUUGUUUGACCCUGUUACGUUUCCAACCUUGACAGAACUGCAUUUGGCUAUGAACACACUUGAAGGAGAAUUGCCUGCCGAGUUUUCGGGUUCUAUGAUUCAGUCUUUGUGGGUUAAUGGGCAGAGUUUGAAUGGGACAAUUGAAGUGAUACGGAACAUGUCUUCUUUGACAGAGGUAUGGUUGCACGGGAACCAGUUUUCAGGUCCCUUACCAGAUUUUUCUAUGUUAACUCAGUUGCGGAAUUUAAGUUUGAGAGAUAACCAGUUCACUGGUGUUGUUCCCUUGUCUUUGGUUAAUUUAACGUCACUUUAUAUUGUGAAUUUGACUAAUAAUGAACUUCAAGGGCCAACCCCUAAAUUUCCUGAUACUGUAAUUGUGGAUAUGACGGCUGGUAGUAAUAGGUUUUGCUUGGAUAGGCCUGGUGUUGCUUGUGAUGAGCGUGUUAAUAUAUUGUUAUCUAUUAUGGAAGCUGUUGGUUAUCCAGAGAAUUUUGCUAAUAAUUGGAUAGGGAAUGAUCCUUGUAAUAAUUGGCUAGGUAUCUCAUGUGCUCAAGGAAACAUUGUAUCUGUUCUUUUUGCAAAAAAGGGGCUCGCUGGUACAAUUUCUAGUAAUUUUGCUAAGCUUACUUCGUUGACAACUUUGGAUCUUUCGGGUAAUAAUCUUACUGGCACAAUACCAAUAGAGCUCACUACAUUGCCAAAGCUCAUUCGAGUAGAUGUUUCAAACAAUAGGCUGUAUGGAAAAAUACCGCCUUUUAGGCAAAAUGUUGUGAUAAAAACUGAUGGAAACCCUGAUAUUGGAAAAGAAAGUGUUCCCACACCUGAAGGCAGGUCCCCUGGUGGGUCUCCUGGUGGCGGUGGUGGUGGUAGUUCUUCUGGGAGUGGUGAAAAGAAAUCCAAUACUGGGACGGUUGUGGGUUCUGUAAUUGGUGCAGUUGGUGGCUUGGGUCUACUUGCUUUGGGUAUCUGCUUGUAUGCUAGAAAAGGAAAGCGUUCAAGUAGGGUACAGAGUCCAACUACAGUAGUCAUACAUCCUCAUCAUUCUGGUGACCAAGAAGGAGUUAAGAUCACUGUUGCUGGAUCCAGUGUCAAUGGUGGAAGUGAAACUUUCAGCCACACGAGCAGUGGACCUAGUGAUGUUCACAUGGUUGAGGCUGGAAACAUGGUAAUCUCAAUUCAAGUUUUGAGGAAUGUGACGAAUAAUUUCAGUGAGGAAAAUGUAUUGGGAAGAGGCGGUUUUGGUACAGUUUACAAAGGGGAAUUGCAUGAUGGGACAAAGAUUGCUGUGAAAAGGAUGGAGUCUGGUGUUGUGAGUGAGAAGGGUUUGGCUGAGUUUAAGUCUGAGAUUGCAGUUCUUACUAAGGUUCGUCACCGUCAUUUAGUAGCACUUCUCGGAUAUUGCUUGGAUGGAAAUGAGAGGCUUCUUGUUUAUGAAUACAUGCCCCAAGGGACCCUUAGUAGGCACGUAUUCAACUGGAAGGAUGAAGGGUUGAAGCCACUUGAAUGGACCAGACGACUUACAAUUGCCCUGGAUGUGGCUCGAGGUGUUGAGUAUCUACAUGGUCUGGCACAACAGAGUUUCAUUCAUAGAGAUCUUAAGCCAUCCAAUAUUCUUCUUGGAGAUGAUAUGCGUGCCAAAGUUGCAGAUUUUGGCUUGGUUCGUCUUGCUCCUGUUGAUGGUAAACAUUCAGUUGAAACAAGACUUGCAGGAACAUUUGGGUAUCUGGCACCGGAGUAUGCCGUUACUGGACGAGUGACCACAAAGGUGGAUGUAUUUAGCUUUGGUGUGAUCCUCAUGGAAUUGAUCACAGGCCGAAAGGCACUUGAUGAAACGCAGCCCGAGGAAAGUUUGCACCUUGUGACAUGGUUCCGUAGGAUGCACACAAACAAGGAUACAUUCCGAAAGGCCAUUGACAAAACUAUUCAGCUUGAUGAGGAAACACUUGCCAGUAUAAGCACUGUGUCUGAGCUGGCUGGCCACUGCUGUGCAAGGGAGCCCUACCAGAGGCCAGAUAUGAGUCACGUAGUCAAUGUGCUGUCAUCACUAGCAGAGCUCUGGAAACCAGCAGAACCUGAUUCUGAUGACAUAUAUGGAAUUGACCUUGACUUGACUUUACCACAAGCAUUGAAAAAAUGGCAAGCAUUUGAGGGAAAUAGCAAUUUGGAUGAUUCAUCAUCAUUUCUGGCCAGUACAGACACUACACAGACCAGUAUACCAUGCCGGCCAUCUGGGUUUGCAGAUUCAUUUGCAUCAGCAGAUGCUAGGUGAAAGAGAUAAAAAAAGGAGGCAAGUUCUAGUGUCCAUUCAUGGUUCUGAGAGGUUUGGGUUUGUUCAUUCCUACUACUUGUUCAUUUCUCAUUGUAAGGUUUGCUCUCUUCUGCUGUAUUUUGUUGGAAAUGAUUUCUUUCCCCCCUUUAUUUAUCUCUGUAGUUGAACAGUUUAAAUUUUUCUGAUGUCUUGUAGAAGUUUCAAAAUGAAAUCAAGAAAGGGCAGAUCUUAAAUGUCUAUUCCUUUCAGGCAUUUUUUUCUUUUUUGGAAUAAGUUAUUCAUUUCA